AACAAGCUAAGACUAUUGUGGUUUGACUACAUUUGAUUGAAAUAUCCAGAGUAUGGUCCAGAGUAGACACAGAAGAAAUGAAAUGUGUUUACAUUGUCUCAAAAAUCAUUCAGAGUUCUCUGGAUGGCUAUAGGGAAACUCAUCUAGUCCACACUGUAUUCAUCAUACUGAAGCACAGAUGAAACUAUCUAUUUCCUAAAGGGCAAGUACAAGAUAGUGUUUUUAUAAUGAACCAGUACCUUUCUGAAGGAAAGUAAACAUGCAUUUGGGAAACAAUGGGUCAGUCUUUACAAUAUUUCUAAUGAUCACAGAAUUUUUAGGCUUUACAUUAUUGUUUCAGCAUCACAGAAACAGCAAUGAACAAGCAGCUUCUGGGCUACAGGAAGUACUUUUUACUACAAGUGCCACACGUCAACACCACACAGUAAUAAUCCUGUUUCUUUUAGACAACACCGAUUUCAGGAUGGGCUCCAUCAGUGCAGCAAAUGCAGAAUUUUGUUUUGAUGUAUUCAAUGAGCUGAAAGUCCAGCACACAAAUGAGAACAUCUUGUAUUCCCCCUUGAGCAUCAUUGUAGCCUUGGCCAUGGUCUAUAUGGGAGCAAGAGGCAACACUGAGUACCAGAUGGAGAAGGCUCUUCACUUUGACAGCAUUGCAGGACUUGGAGGAAGCACUCAGACAAAGUGUGGCAAAUCCGUGAACAUCCACCUACUCUUUAAAGAACUCCUCUCUGAUAUUACUGCAUCAAAAGCCAAUUAUUCACUCCGCAUUGCCAACAGACUCUAUGCAGAAAAGUCACGUCCUAUCCUACCGAUUUACCUAAAGUGUGUGAAGAAACUGUACAGAGCAGGUCUGGAAACAGUGAACUUCAAAACAGCAUCAGACCAAGCCAGACAGCUUAUUAACUCCUGGGUGGAAAAGCAGACAGAAGGACAGAUCAAAGAUUUGCUUGUAUCAAGCUCCACUGAUCUUGAUACAACGCUGGUCCUUGUUAAUGCCAUCUACUUCAAAGGGAUGUGGAAGACAGCAUUUAAUGCAGAAGACACUCGAGAAAUGCCCUUCCAUGUAACAAAGCAAGAAAGCAAACCUGUGCAAAUGAUGUGUAUGAACAAUAGCUUUAAUGUGGCCACACUGCCUGCAGAGAAAAUGAAGAUCCUGGAGCUCCCAUUUGCCAGCGGAGACCUGAGCAUGUUGGUGCUGUUGCCUGAUGAGGUUUCUGACCUGGAGCGGAUUGAGAAGACAAUUAACUUUGAAAAACUCACAGAGUGGACCAAUCCCAAUACGAUGGAGAAGAGGAGAGUGAAAGUGUACCUGCCCCAAAUGAAGAUUGAGGAAAAAUAUAACCUCACAUCUGUCUUAAUGGCAUUGGGAAUGACUGACCUGUUCAUCCCUUCAGCCAAUCUGACUGGCAUUUCUUCAGCAGAGAGCUUGAAGAUAUCCCAGGCUGUGCACGGGGCCUUCAUGGAACUCAGUGAAGAUGGCAUUGAGAUGGCAGGCUCCACAGGGGUGAUAGAAGACAUCAAGCAUUCCCCUGAGUCUGAACAGUUUAGGGCUGACCACCCAUUCCUCUUCCUGAUCAAACACAACCCAACCAACACCAUUGUCUACUUUGGCAGAUAUUGGUCCCCUUAA